UGAUUUGAGUAGACUGUUUCAACAUAACAGAAUCCAGGAACGAGACUAUGCAUAGCAGAACCGCCUUGUGAGUCGUUCCUAGCACAGUAGCAAUUUUGAUUGAGCAUGUCGCUUACAUCAGCCCAUUCAUUUUUAGGUUCGAUCAAGCGAUGCGUCUGUUUCCAUCGCUACUCGCGAGUCACGAAUCAAUGGUUGCCGCCACAAAUCAAACCAAACGCCAGGGACUUCUCCACACGUGACCAACUACAAGUGCGGCGAUAAUUCCUAGCCCUCUGUAAUCCCUGGUUUUGUUGGUCGGAAUCGACGCAAAUGUGAUCGCAGCCGCGGCCUGGGUGAUUGUGCCCGCCUUUCUCAGAUUGACGAACGACGGCAACAAACACAAGUAGAGAAGAGCCUCCGCACUUGUUCUGCGGUUUAGAAUUGAGGAAGGUUUCGACAAAGCAGGACAAUGUCUCUCUCUUUGUUUGUCACAGCCCAAUACUGCUCUCCCGCGCCAAAGUUACCUGUGUCUUUUGCAUUGUGUCGCUUGAACCCAAAGGAACAGCUUGUUGUCCUUGGUCAAGCAAGUUAUGGUUCAAAGACAUUGUCAACUUCGAGAUUGUUCGGUAAUGAUGUGGCUAUUCCAUCGUCAGCGAGUAUAGAAAGACUGCCCAUUGCAGCUCUUGAAUCGCAGUCAGCGAAAACAAACAGCCUCAAAAUUACUGACACCUAUACCGAAACUUUUAACGAUUCACUCAAAAUUUUCUCAUCAACUUAUCACUAUGUCCAGCCCGUACCAAAGUGUACACGAUUUAACAAAUGCAUCGGUGAGGAAGUUGGUUCGAUACCUUUAUCUCCCGGUGGAGCACAGCAUUGCGAAACCCCCAAAAAGUUGGCUGAGGGAGCAAGAGGAAACGAUGAAACAACUGCCCGCGGCUUGUCUCCGUCCACGCAGCAGGGCCAAUGUGGUCAGUGUUGUUACUCGCGGUUUGAUGAAGAUCAGCGAGAAGUAUAAGCCUUCGUUCACACCGACGGCCGCAGUCCUUUGCUCAAGCCAUCACGGCCUGAAUCCUUGGACAAUUCACGCCCUUUUUGCACUGGUCCUGAAAGAGAUCACGGUGGAAACGGCCAGCUUACGACAUGACCGACAACGCGACAGAGGUCCGGAAUUUACACCCUUAAUACAAGAAUUCGUUCGUCGUCUGGAUGGUAUCCAGGCCCUGUGGAUGGACACGUACAACUUCGAACUCCUCUAUGGUCGCCAGCCGAAAGUGCUAAGCCAUGUAAAUUCGCAUUGUGAGGCGUGCAUCUUGUCAGCACUUGGGUCUCGUCCCUCUUUCCUUGGCGACCUUCGUGCUAAUCUCAUUGCCCGGACGAAGAGAACGUCGCCAUGCCUGCAAAGGAUCGUGGACGCGUGGAUUAACGAGUUCCCUGAGGCUGCACAAAGAGAAGUCUUUAAAAGAAGCGCAAACUUAGCCGAGGAAAUUCGGGCUAUGCUCAAAGAUGUCAAGGCAGCGCGACAACAGAGACGCGAGGCGAAAGUGCACCAAAAGCAAGCCAGGGGCUUAGAGAAUGCCAGCAGUGGUAUCAGGAAGACAUCCGGACGCGAUACUCCGCGCUCAAUUCCGGGCGAGCAAUCGACCGCGAGUGGACGACCUUCCACGGCACUGAGCGAGGACCCAUUUGCUGACCCAGAUGACGAAAAUCCCGACAAUGAGAAUCGGCCGUGGCAAGAUGCGGUUGGGGACUAUUACGAACGGCUGGCCCGCCAGAACGGAAACGAACGUGCUUUCGACCGAUCAUCCCUCCACCCGGCCUUUGGCGGCCCGGCGCCUCAACCCGAUGCCCAGUUCCGUCGAGACUUUGGCACGGGAAAAGAGGUGGAUCGGAAAGAACAAGGGGCACUUUGGGAUGACGCUGUUGCUAAUAGUCCCGCUAGGAGUGAACAGCGUUUACGCGCAUCUGAUUUUCCCCCCUCGAUGAUCCAAGACGAUGCCCGACGACGUGAUCGGUUCCGACACGUAGACUCCACGGACUCCGAGCCGCGCACUCCUCGGCCCGUCACGCCUCCCGCCGCUACCCUCCCACCGCCGUUCCGCGGGUACGGGACCGCGGCGCCGAGCAGCUCGUCGUAUACGGACGCCAGCGUGUAUUCGAACAGCGAGCCGGCCCGGCCUCACCCCACGACCGAGUCGCUCGCCUCCAUCGUCACGGCCUGGCCCGACGUCACGUCUCGCUCGUCUUCCGCCCGCAGACCCCGUGGACCCCGUCCGGGCGGGCUCGUAAGUACUUCCUCCCCCUCGCCUCAGAGUGACAAUGUCGUGACACAGGACCGCCGCCGCGCCGCAGAUGCGAAAUUUGCUCCCCCUCGUGGGUUCGAGAUGUCCCCCACUGAAGCAGCAUGGUAUCUAGCCGAGGAAGAGAGGGUGGCUCGCCUGGAGGAGAUGGGACGUAUCGGCCGGCCGAGUUUCAGGGAUCAUGUUGACUUUGGUGCUCCUGCGUCGGAGGCCGGUUCAGAGUACGGGGACGGGUUAAGAACACCCACGGCGGGCUCCACGCAAGCUGGGACUUGGGCUCCGUCGUCUCGUGAUCGGCCUGUGCGAGAGGUGUCGCCUCUGCGUGGUGAUGAUGACGAUGGGCGUAGCGUCGCGACGGUGGGGGGACGGCCGCCUUUGAGUGAGGCGUCGACGAUUUAUCCUGAUGAUUCGUAUAGUUUGGCUAAUUUCCGGCGGCGGUGA